CUCCUCCCCUUAAUGGAUUAUUCACAAGUUCAGUCCCUCAAGACUUCUGAACGAACCGUUUGACAACAAGCCAAAUAUAUAGCGCUAUAGACGCAUUGGUUUUGCGGUGUUAUUGUUUAGUUUAGCCUGUGUCUAUGUUUAGUUAAGGGACAUAACAGGUGGAAUAUUCAGUAUAGCCAGUGGAUACAUUCAAAGAAGACCGUAAAGAAAUGCUUGGCUGGUUUUCUUUAGGUAGGAGCUACGCGGUAAAUGAAGGUAAUUUUUGUCAAAAUGCCAUAUACUGAUUAAUACUAUAUCAUCUGAAUAUAUUUCUUAGAUAUAUGUCUAUACCGGUAUGGUCUGGUGAUUCAAACAAAGAGGGAUGGACAGAACGAUGUAACUCGCUUACGGGAGGCUGCGCUGAGAACGCUCUCUGUAGUGAGGACUUCUAACUGACGCUUAAUGGUGCGCUAAUAGUCAUUUGUUUGGAGGAUACAUCAUCAUGGUGGUUGAGAGGACACUUCUCGCAGCAAGGCAAGGGGAUGUACAAACUUUGAAAGUACAAUUAGCGGAGAAAGUACUCAACGGCGAUGUGAAAGAUGUGCUGGGAGCGACUCCCGUACACCACGCCGCUCGAGCAGGGAAGCUCACCUGUCUGCGGUAUUUGGUUGAGGAAGCGGGUUUACCGGCGAACAGCCUGGCGAGAAACGGCGCGAGUCCUGCUCAUGACGCCGCAGCCACGGGCAACCUGACCUGCCUACAGUGGCUCGUGACGCACGGAGGAUGUCGAGCGGCCGAUAAGGACAGCUCAGGGGCCACUGUCCUGCAUCUGGCUUCUCGCUUCAGCCAUCAUGAGAUCAUUGAAUGGUUGCUGAAAAGUGGGGAAGGGGAUCCUACUGUUGCCACGGAUACGGGGGCAUUGCCUGUUCAUUAUGCUGCAGCUAAAGGGGACUUGCCUUCGCUCAGGCUGCUACUGGAACACAGCCCAAAAGUUGUCAAUUUUCAAACCAAGAAUGGUGCCACACCACUAUACCUUGCAUGUCAGGAGGGCCACCUGGAAGUUGUCCAGUACCUAGUGAAGGACUGUGGGGCGGAGCCAAGUAUCAGAGCCAAUGAUGGGAUGACACCAUUGCACGCUGCUGCCCAAAUGGGACACAACACUGUCAUUGUUUGGCUGAUGAGUUUCACAGAAAUCAGUCUAGCUGACAGAGACAAUGAUGGGGCCAGUGCCAUGCACUUUGCUGCCAGCCGUGGCCAUUCCAAGGUUCUCAGCUGGCUCCUCCUGCAUGGAGGGGAAAUAGUGACAGACAGCUGGGGUGGUACGCCUCUUCAUGACGCUGCUGAGAAUGGAGAGCUGGAGUGCUGUCAAAUUCUGGUAGUUAAUGGAGUGGAUAUGGGAUUACGGGACCAGGAUGGAUUCUCAGCAGCAGACCUAGCUGAAUACAACGGGCAUCAACAGUGUGCCAAGUACCUCCGCACUGUCGAAAACAUGAGUGUGGAACACAGAGUCUUGUCACGCGACCCUUCGGCAGAUCUGGAGUAUAAGCAACCUGACUCGGGCCUCUCCUCUCCCAACGCCACCCUGCCCACCCCAGCCCCCCCUGCAGCCCACUUUGACAUCUGCUCGCCCUCCAGCUCGCUGUCCAAUUACGACUCUGCAAACUCCAGCCAAUCCAGUACUGGAGAGAAAAGGAGUGGCACGCCUCCCUCAAGAGUUCCGACAGGAGGUGCAGAUUCGACAAUUACAGACAUGCAGACCUAUAUGGACAUGCUGAACCCUGAUGUAGCAGGAAGCUCCCAGAAUGCAAAAGACCCUUCACACCUGCCACCCCCUCCAACGUUUCCCCCACCCCCACCUCCGUCCGAUUCCUCCCAUAUACCACCCCCGCCACCUGCCUACCCCCCACCCAAACCACCUGAGGAGGAAGCGUCCGCCGAAUACUUGAAGGUGAAGAGGAACCUUCGGAGAGUGGAGAAUGAAGCUGUCAAAAAAGAGGAGUUGAAUCCUGGCGAGAGCCACGAAAGACUUCGAAGAGUCGACUCUAAUCGGAAGUCUCGUAGCUUCAGCAAGCAGCCCAGCACUGGGGAUUACUACAAAACCCUGGGUAGCGAUACCACGGACCAGUACCCCAACAGAGCCAUGGCACCCAACGAGGAGGGUUCUGCACUGUUGGAGGACUCUGCAGACAAAGCCCCUGCUCCCGAGAACGGGACAGGAACCGCAGAGGAUCUACCCCUUCCUCCUCCACCACCUCCCCCACCCAGCAGCACCUUCAUCCCUCCUCCACCUCCUCCUCCACCUCUUCCAUCGGAUCUGCCCCCUCCUCCCCCAUCCACCAGCACACCAGCCCCUUCCCAGCGUCGCAUGUCUUCCUCCUCCAGCAAAGUAGAUCUUUCUUCUACGCAUCUGUCUCCCUCUGUCAACCCGGCUCCAGAAACACUACGUCAGAGGAAGAGCAAUAAAUCCUUCAACAUGAUGUCCCCCACUGGAGAUAAUUCUGAGCUUCUGGCCGAAAUUAAAGCUGGGAAGAGUCUGAAGCCGACACCUCAGACUAAAGGCUACACGACCGUAUUCUCUAACAGCGGCCCAGCGGGGAACAACGAAGAACGUCCAUCAUCGCCGCCACAGCCUCUGCCAAAACCCCAGUCCAACGACUGUCCAACCCCAGUCCAAUCCACGAAGCCAGAAUCUCCACCGCCUGUUUGUCCACCCACGCCACCCACUCCCACCACCAGUGGUGGCUCACCCCAGAACCUGUCCGUUUCACAGAGCAGUGAGCAGCUUGCAGCCACCGUCAAUGGAAAUACUGCUGUUGGCCAGAGCAAAUCCAGUGUGGUGGAUGUUGAGAAUCUGGUGCCCACACAUGACGAGCAGGGCCGAGCCAUCCCAGAGUGGAAGAGACAGGUGAUGGUGAGGAAACUACAAGUCAAGAUGCAGGAGGAGGAAGAGAACAAGAGAAAGACUGACGAAGAGGCGGCCCGUCUGGCUUCCUUGCCUGCCUGGAGGAGAGAUAUUAUGAAGAAAAAGAUGGAUGAAGAAAAAAAAGAGGAGGAACGACGGCGAAAAGAGAAAGAGAACGAGGAGAAGUCGGAACAGGAGCGACUACGAACACUAGGCUAUGAUGAAACCAAGCUGGCGCCGUGGCAACGGCAGAUCAUUUUAAAGAAAGGCGACAUAGCGAAACAGUAGUAAACUCACAUUCAUCACUCUUGCACAACUCUCUGCUGACACGGGUCAGAAUCUGCCAGACCCUUUAGACACAAACCACGGACGGGUCAGCAGACCACUCGACCACUUCAUC